CAACUAUAUACUCUCUUCGUACGCGAAAUCAGCUUCCUGGCUUAUCAAUAUGUGACUGUGAGAUAACAUCUGCAGAAAGUUUCUUUUUCCCGGCACGCGACCUCCGACCCAAAGACAACCAGUAGCCCCUAGAGUGUGUUUGUUAGCAUCAUUAUGGCAGCGAUUCUCUCAAGGGAUGCUAUGCAAGAAGCCAUGGUCAUCGUCUGGACACGGGCCGACAUCUCAAACCUCAUUGGCGCCAUCUCACUUGCCUUUUGGCUGUGUAACGGAAUCCCGCUCGUGUAUGAAAUAUGGCGCGCGCGGUCAGCAGAGGGUGUCUCGAUUGGAUUCGUUGGUCUAUGGGCAGUGGGUGAUGUUUUGAAUCUCGCCGGUGCGCUUUGGGCUGGUUUGGCGCCGACUGUGGUGGUGGUCUCCAUCUACUACAUCUUCUCGGACAUUAUCAUCCUUGGUGAAGCAUACUACUUCAACUACAUCUACAAGCGUGGCGAGUCGAUUGUCGAUACGCUCGAACAGGAAGUCGCUGGUGUAGCGCCGCCUUUUGCACCGGACAACGAAGCAGAUGAGAGCAGUGCGUUGCUCAAUGAUGGCAAGCACACUGCACAGACAAGGAUUCUGACGUAUGAUGUCCUGUUCAAUGUCGCAGCUGUAUUGCUCGUCAUUGUGCUCGGUGCUGCUGGAUGGUAUGCCUCACUGUAUAUCCCUCACGAUGGCCCACACCGUGAUCACAAGCACCAUCACGGUCACGGCCCAUUGCCACCCACAGACGAUAAAGUUGCGCUUGGCCCUCAAUUGCUUGGCUACACCUCUGCAGCACUCUACUUAUGUGCCAGGAUACCACAGAUCCUCAAAAACUACAGAAAACAGCAAACAGAGGGCCUUGCGCUGCUCUUCUUCAUCUUUAGCGUCUUUGGCAACUUGACCUAUGCAGCAUCCAUCUUUGCCUACAACAGCGAAAAGGCCUAUAUCAUGUCCUCCAUGGCUUGGAUCAUUGGUUCUCUUGGUACGCUCAUUUUUGACUUCAUCAUUCUUGGUCAAUUCCUACACUACAACAAGAGGAAGCACCUUCGUGUUCGUCGAGCCUCUGGACAAUCUGUUGAGCGUGAGUCGUCCAUUCUCAACAUUUGA